CUCAGCAACUCUAACGCUACUAGAAGCAGAACUGAGGAGAGGCGGCGGCAAGAUGGCGGCGUCGGGGGGCGGCGUCGGCGGGCCCGGGUCUUCGGAGCGGGAUCCCGGCUGGGAGGUGGCGGUGCGGCCGCUGCUGUCGGCCUCCUACUCGGCCUUCGAGAUGCGCGAGCUGCCGCAGCUGCUGGGCUCCGUCAUUGAGAGCGAGUCGGAAAUCCUGCACCACGACAAGCAAUAUGAGCCUUUCUACUCCUCUUUUGUUGCACUUGCAACGCACUACAUCACCACGGUGUGUGGAGUGGUACCUCGGAACCAGCUGCAGUCUGUGGCAGCUGCCUGCAAAGUACUGAUUGAAUUCUCCCUGUUGCGACUUGAAAACCCAGACGAGGCCUGUGCUGUCUCACAGAAACACCUGAUCCUGCUGAUCAAGGGACUGUGCACCGGCUGCAGCCGCCUGGACCGGACGGAGAUCAUCACUUUCACGGCGAUGAUGAAGUCGGCCAAGCUGCCCCAGACCGUGAAGACCCUCUCGGACGUGGAGGAUCAGAAAGAGCUGGCUUCUCCGGUCAGGCCUGAACUGCGCCAGAAGGAGGUUCAGAUGAACUUCCUCAAUCAGCUGACCUCUGUCUUCAAUCCCAAGAUGGCCCUGUCGCCCGUGACGACGCUGCAGGCUCAGGUGGAUGGUGGAAGGAAGAAGGUUGCCCGAGAAGGCUUGG